AUGUUGCAUAUAAUAAGAAAACGUUGCUCUUCAAAUAGACCAUUGUUGAGGAUUGCUAGAUUACAGACCAGGGGUCAACAUAGUGGACCAUCAGUGGGGCCCACUCAAAAGGCUACAUUCGACAAAUCCAUGAUAAGGCCCUUCAUAUGGGUCGUAGUGUUUGGGUCGUUGGUGACUCAUGUGAUUGAUAGGAGACAGGCCUACUCCGAUAUGAAGAAACGGUAUUCUUUAAAGAUCACAAUUUUGAAAGAUCUUUUAGAAAAAGCACAAAAUGGCAACACAAGUGUUACAGAGGAACAAGUCGAACAUGAAUUACGAUUGGUGAAUAAGAUGUUUGUGAGAGAUAAGAGUCUUGGAGCAAAAGAAGUAGAAAAUGUCCUUUCCCAGAUGCAAAUUGCUAUACCUAAACGCGAGGAGUAUAAUUACGAUGAAGAAGAAUCUCUAGAGGAUAUAUGGAAAGGAAUCUUAGAAGAUAUAAAUGAUGAUAAAUCACCCAAGAAGCUGAAGAAGAAAGCUGUUCAACCGGUUCCUAUUACUACAACUACAAAGGUGUUAGAUGAUAUCAUAGUAGACAAGGAAACAUUGAAAGAACUUAGAGAGAAAGAAAGAGGAGAUCUCAAAAAUUUCACUCAGAGUACAGAACAACAUUUAAUAGUGGAAAACCCAGGUGAACUAAGUGGUUCCGCCAAAUUUUUAUAA